CAGGAAACCUGGGCGGUCAUAGCCUUAACGCUAAUCUGAAGACAUUUACGAAUGGCCAGCAACCAAGCAAGUCUUGGCAGCAACAGACGCAGCAACACCAAUUUUUCUCACAACGGCAGCUCGAGACGAAGGAUGUGACCAAAUAGUCAGUAUAGCAGGGCUCAUUAUUCUACCACCAUGACAGUUCUUCUUCGAUCAUCAACGACCCUUGCUGCACUUCUCUUGUUGCUUCCCAAGACUUUUGUCUUGGGCAGCGUCAAGUUGGUCAUGCAGAAUGGUGGUGCCUCUCAGUGCCAAACGUUAUGGGCCAAGCACACGAUCGCCGUUGGCAAUGUCUGUGUGGAAGCCGAUCAACGCAAUCCGGAACAACUAAUCGUUUCCUACGAGACUCGAGAUGGUUGGAAGCUCGAUGAUGCCCACUUGUGGAUCGGACGAAACAUAUCGGAAAUUCCCUUUAUGGCCGACGAACCCGCCGACGACAGUAAACGCAGUGUGCAACAGCAGCAGCAUCAGGACCAACCCUACCAGAAACAGCAACAAGUCGAUCUAACCCAAUUCCCGUACAAGAAGGAAGACUUGGCGGGAAAACACGAAAAUUUUGGGUUCGUGGUCAAAUUGCAGCAUUUGGGUUAUAGCUGCCCCGAUACCCAAGCCUUUGUAGCUGCUGCCCACGCCACUGUGACGGCUCGAUCGUCUAUUCGAAAUGGGAACACUCCUACCCUGCAAAGUGCUUGGGCCAGCCACAUUGAACCCAUGAAAAAACAUGUAUUGCAAGGUGCCACCAUGAUUAAUCGAAUCAAUCAGUGGCAAGACUUCAACUUUACCUUGGUGUGUGACAUUAAGAAUGAUCCUCCAGAGGGUGCUCCCAAGCGUCAUUUUGCCAACCAGGUGCCAAAGUAGAUAAGCCAUGGUAAAGAAGUGAACACUUGACUCUGAUGUACACUAUUCAUGUCAGGGGUCUGGUCAGAGAAUUGGCGUACACAAGGAUCGGACUAUGAAAUACAUACUGUUCAUAAAAUAACUGGAUGUGCAACC